GUGGGAGGGGACAGGUUGAGGGGUGGUCUCUGAGGAGGAGCCUGGCUGGACUGUAUUGUUCGGCGCCCGGCAGUCCAGAGCGCACAGAGCGGGGCUAGGAGGGUGCGCAGUUCCCCGGGCCCCCCGAGUCCCCGACGCCCGGCGAGGAGAUCUGGGUUUUCCAGCGCGCCCCGCGAGACGCCUCUGCUCAAGAACCCGGCGCCGGGGCCCCGCGAUGGCCGCGGGCCGCAGCCUCAGGGAGCUGCUGCCGCGUGGGUGCCGGGGCGCCCCUCCCUAGCGGGGCGCAGCCUGCGCCCGGUCCCCGCCCGACCAGCGGAAUGGGGGGCGGAGGGUCUGCCCUGAGGGUCUGCGCGGACCACCGCGGGGGCAUCAACUGGCUCAGCCUGAGCCCCGACGGGCAGCGCCUGCUGACGGGCAGCGAGGACGGCACCGCCCGGCUCUGGAGCACCGCGGACGGCCAGUGCUGCGCCCUCCUGCAAGGACAUGAAAGCUACGUGACCUUCUGCCAGCUGGAGGACGAAGCUGCCUUCACGUGCAGCGCUGACUGCACCAUCCGGAAGUGGGAUGUGCUGACCGGGCAGUGUCUGCAGGUGUUCCGGGGACACACAUCCAUUGUGAACAGGAUCCUGGUCACCAACAACCAGCUCUUCAGCAGUUCCUAUGACCGCACAGCUCGCGCCUGGAGUGUAGACAAAGGGCAGGUGUCGCGAGAGUUCCGGGGCCACCGCAACUGUGUGCUGACUCUAGCCUACUCUGCCCCCUGGGACCUGCCUGGGGCUCCCUGCGUGGAGGAGGCCGUGGCUGGGGGGCUUCUGGUGACGGGAAGCACAGACGGCACAGCCAAGGUGUGGCAGGUGGCCAGUGGCUGCUGCCACCAGACGCUGCGGGGCCACACGGGCGCCGUGCUCUGCCUGGUGUUGGACACACCUGGCCACACGGCCUUCACCGGCAGCACCGACGCCACCAUCCGCGCCUGGGACAUCCUGAGUGGGGAGCCGCUGCGCGUGUUCCGGGAGCACCAGGGCUCCAUCAUCUGUCUGGAGCUGGUGAACCGGCACGUGUACUCGGGCAGCGCCGACAGGACGGUCAAGUGCUGGCUGGCGGACACGGGCGAGCGCGUGCGCACGUUCGCCGCCCACAGACACAGCGUGAGCGCCCUCAAGUACCACGCGGGCACCUUGUUCACAGGCAGCGGGGACGCCCGCGCGCGCGCCUUCGACGCCCAGUCUGGAGCGCUGCGGAGGGUGUUCCGCGGCCACGCCUUCAUCAUCAACUGCAUCCAGGUGCACGGCCAGGUGCUCUACACCGCCUCGCACGACGGCGCGCUGCGCCUCUGGGACGUGCGGGGGCUGCCGCCGCCGCGCCGCGCCGCCCCCAAGCGCAGCCUCUCGCGCCUCUUCAGCAACAAGGUGGGCUGCGCCGCCGCAGCGCCCCUGCAGCCGGCCUGAGGCCCCCGGAUCCGCCGAGGGAGCGCGGCCCGGCUUCCCGAGAGCCCCCAGCGGGCGAAGGCGACACGUGGGGCCUUGCCUCCGCCUCGGAGGACCUCCGAAGCCGUCUCCCGUGGGGAGACUGUGCUUGGCCCGGACCGCGUCCCCAACC